AUGAAGCAAAAUGUCCGAGUGGAUAAAUCGACAUCGGAAAUUCUAUGGCAGAAUGAUUACAUCCAGCUAUCUGACCAUCCAACGGCCAGGAACUUGGCACUGGCCAAGCAUGCUCUUCUACCAGGCCAAAACAUACUCACAGACUCUGCUCUUGCCACUGCGUUGCUCCCGGAACAAAAAGGUCUCAGAUGCGAUGCAUGCUUUCGGAAAGCGCACACACUGAGGCGUUGUUCGGGCUGUGUUGCAUAUUGGUACUGCGGAAAGGACUGCCAAACUCGUCACUGGAACGUCAUCCAUAAAUACAUGUGCAAGAACAUUUCAAAUUUUUGCAUAUCGUCAGACUUCCAAGCAAGCCCGAUUCACGCUCGAACAGAUGCGUUUCUCCUCAGUCACUUGGUAGCGGAACAAUCAGAAAGGCUCGAGAUAAGCGGAGAAAAUUUACGAGAGGGUUUCAACGAUCCGCUGGCGACUUUCGUUUCAUUACUUCCUUUAUCUGCAGCUUCGGUACCGGAUACGCCACUGAUUUGCCCAUUAUCACGCUCCAGUAUAGCCUCUCCAGCUGUAAUCAAGGAGAUUUUCAGUCGCUUCAGCAACAAUAACUUUAUCGUCCAUUCGCAUUUGUCUGCGGUUGGUCACGGAAUAUUUCCACUGGCCAGCCGGUUGUUCAACCAUUCGUGCUUGCCUAAUGCCAUUGUUACAUACUCCUUCACUAGCGAAGGUAUCCAGAUGGUUGUAAAGGCCUUGACGCCAAUCAAACAAGGCGAGGAAAUUACUAUUCCGUAUUUCGACCCAGCGCUUCCCUACCAUCAACGACAGGCAAUCUGUCGUUAUUCAUAUGGAUUUGAAUGUACCUGCUCUGUGUGCAUGUUCCCCAGGUGUACAGUCGACGCUCGGGAACCACCUUCCGAACCAGGCGAACGCGAAAGGAUUGAAAACAUGCUUUUGAAGUAUGCCUUCCCAGAUCUCGAAUUGACUUGGUCCUCUCGGGCACUGGUAUCUGGAUUACCUGAAGAGCUCCACGUUGUCUUGCAUGAAAAAUUCUUGCCAGCUCUUUCUGAGACUUUCAGCAAUGCUUCACAUGAUGGACCCCAUGAUCUUGCUCUGCGAACUGGCCUCGUGUUGUUAGCACUUUACAUGGUCAUAUAUCCACCGCGAUUCCCCCAAGCCGGCGUACAUUGCCUUGAGAUAGCCAAAACUGAAUGGAACGCUUCGAUUACGGCGGCAAGUAACGAUACUGCUUCCACCGAGUACUUGCGGACUGCCCGCAGGUUCUUAUCUUUGGCUAUGGACUCACUGAACGUGUUCGGUCGGGAAGGAGAUGUUGAGGACGGCCCGUUUGUGGAGUGCAUGACGCUUGACGAGCUGCUGAAAUCAGUGUAA